AUGUCACCUCCACGAAAACGAGUAAAAACGUCAGAAGAUGGAAGCUCAAGUCCAAGUCGGUCUGGCCCUGACACUUUAGUCAACGGAUCUGUCGGAAAAUACUCGAAGUCGAUAACUCAUGGAGCCACAGCGCAGGACAAAGCAACCUGGCAAGGGUUCUGCGACAUUGAGUCUGAACCGGCCUUGCUCAAUGUGAUGCUGAGAGAAUGGGGUGUUCGGAGUGCGAGGGUUCGCGAGAUCUUUUCGCUCGACGAUCUAGGCGCUGAAUACUCACCCAAGCACGUGUUUGGCCUGGUCUUCUGCUACCAGUACUUUGAGCCAGACUAUGGGAUGCACGAAAAGAGUUGCCCUGAGCAUAUAUGGUUCGCCAACCAGCUAUCGACAAGUUCAUGUGCUACCGUGACCAUGUUGAACAUUCUCAACAACGUCCCUGGGCUGGUCCUGGGCGAGAAUCUCCAGAGCUUCAAGGACUUCACACGCACGUUUGAGCCAUUUCCGCGCGGUGAAGCUCUAGCUGAGUUUGAAUUUGUCAAGCGCAUUCAUAAUUCAUUCGCCACCCGCAGCGAUAUGAUGAACUUUGACCUUCAAAUGAAGGGUAGCUUUGACACGGCCAUGAAAGCCAAAGCACAGCAGGCUAGACGGGAGGCACAGCAAGCCAAACAAAAGGCACGAACGGGCAAAACGAGCACUCCUCGAAAGAAGAAGAAACGGAAGGCUGAUGACGAAUCCGAUGCGGAGGCUGCCUUUCACUAUCAAGCCUUCCUGCCGAUUGGAAACGAGCUGUGGAAACUGGACGGAAUGGAUUACUAUCCGGAGAAACUUGGCACAUUCGAAGAAGGCCAGGACUGGACCGAAGUGUUCAGACCACUCCUGGAAGAGCGAAUCCUCCUGCUCAGCGAGCAAUACGGCGCCGAAGUCAACCUGAUGUGCCUGCACAAGGACGAAGCCGCCGAACUGCGCGAGCAUCUCGCCCAAAACAUUGUCUCCAUAAGAGCCGCUGAUGCCAGGCUCGACACGCUGCAGCCAGACUGGCGCAACUUCCUCGAAGAAGAUCCCGGCCUCAUCGUCGGCCCAAACACAGACCUGGGCAUCGACGAAGACUACCUCGCCAAGAUCAAAGUGCCUCUACCAGUGCAACAUCGAAUCGACGAAGACAGUCCGACGAUGCUCAUCGAUUUCCGCACUCGUCUUGUCGACAAGCAGAAGGCGAUUGACCAGAGUGUCCUGCAGGUUGCGACUGCAGAUGAGCGACAGGAGUCGGAACAUGCACGAGACUCCCGCUCCGACUAUCGCUCAUUCCACUAUCAGUAUCUAGUCGAGCUUGCAAACGCAGGCUGCCUGCGCGAUGUCGCAGAGGACGUACGAGCCGCCAAGGAAGCAAAGGGGAAGUAG